AUGGAGCUUAGAAGAUCUGCAAUUACUGGACCAAUUGGAAAGAUGUAUGCUGAUUUGUGGCCUAGGAUUGCUAGUGUCCCAAAAGAUGUUGUUUUCAGAAAAGUCACAAAAUCUUUCAAGUCGAUCGCACCAAAAGUCUCAAUUUCAUGGGCUCCGACCGUCUCUCUUCUUCUUCUUGUUCUCCGCUGCCUACCGCCGAAAACCAAUCUUUAUAAAGCCCUUGCAGCUACCUCUCCCUCUCUCUCGAUCUUUCGGCUCCACUCCGAGUGGGCUUGGGCCGCCGCCCGGGCCGCGACCGGGGCCCCCCCCUGCCCCCGGGCGCGCGUGUCCCAGGACCAGUCCGGCUGGCCGCCAAAGCGCGUCCGUGACAAUGGCGCUGGCGGCAGGGCGUCAGGCCGCGGAAUUCCCGGCUUCGUCGACCCUGAUUACGACCCUGCCCUUGAUCUUGACAGAAUCGAGUCAAAUUCAGUAAGGCUAUUAGAUCAAGAGCAGAGUAUGAUUGGCGUAGUAUCUAUAGAUGAAGCCAUUCAAAUGGCAGAUGAUUCUGAAUUAGUACUGGCAAUAUUGUCUCCAGAUGCAGACCCUCCUGUUCUCAGGCUCUUUGACAGCAAUGAUUACAAAAAGCAUAAGUUUGAACAGCAAAAGAAAAAAAGAGUGCAGCAGAAGAGAUCUCUCGCAAACAGGGUGGAUAUUAAAGAGGUCAAAAUGGGGUACAAUAUUGACUCCCAUGAUUAUUCCGUACGGCUGAGGGCUGCCAAGAAGUUUCUCAAUGAUGGAGAUAAGGUAAAGGUCAUCGUGAACUUGAAACGUCGAGAAAAUGAGUUCAAAGAUAAAGCAAUUGAACUUCUAAAGCAAUUUCAGAAUGAUGUUGGAGAGCUGGCAAGUGAAGAGAGCAAGAAUUUCAGCAUCAGGGACAUAUUCAUGGUUCUGGUGCCUAAUAAAGCUGUAAUAAAGAAAUCCCAGGAGCAGCCAAAGAAGAAGGAAGAACCGAUUAAAGAAGCUCCAGCUAAAGAAGUCUCAGCCGCGUCUCAAAGUCCAUUUUCCGUUCUCGUCCAGCAUUCUAAUAACUGAAGUAAACACUUUCUUCACUGCACUGUAAAAGUGUUGUUAAGAGUGAAGAAGGUCGUGUAACAACGGGAGUUCCUCCGUGGGCACAAACCUGAUCAGAAUUGUCGUGCAGAUCUUGCAUCUUGAGCUUCUACCUUCAUUUUGUAUUUUUGUACACAGAAUUUAUACUCGGAACAGUGUAUAUUCUUUUCUAUAUGUCAGCCAUUUAUAUUGCAGUUUUCCAACUUGUCACCAAAGCGAGAAAAGGCGUCAGCCUUUUUUAUUUUAAUUUUUUAAUUUUGUUGAGAUCUAAAA